AAAAUUGUAAAGUAUUGUUAUUUCAGACGUCAAUGAUGUCCCCGUUUUCGGUAAUCUGCCUGUUGGCGCCACUUGGAACGUGCUGGAGAACACACCUCUUGGAGUUACAUUGUACAAAGUAGACGUCAACAAUCUAGACACAACGGACACAAUACAAUAUGACGUCGAAUAUAAUCCAACAACGGGAUCCUCAUAUUUUACAAUUAACGAAACAAAUGGAGAAAUUACCACAUCUUUAACGAUGCUCGAUUAUGAGACCGUUCCUUCUAAACAAUACCAGCUGAUCAUCACUGCCACAGACGGAAAGGACACCUCGACCGCCACCAUGUCCGUCUCUGUAGCAGACGAGAACGAGCCGUGUUCCUUCCACCAAAAUCAGUACUCGGUCUCGGCCGAUGAGGGAUCGGCUGGGACCUUAUUUUCGGAUGCUGGAUUUGUGAUCGCAGACGAAGAUGCCGGUUCUUCUCACACCUUCCAGCUUAGCUGCGGAGUAGAUUCGUGGAGAUUCUCCAUUAAUUCGAAUUCAGGAAGAGUGUCAUAUUUUUAUUCUUAUGACCUUGACACAGAGAAGAUUUCUAGCUACACAUGUAAGGUGACAGCAACUGAUACAGGAAGUUUAUCAUGCACCACUUCUUUGGUGAUCAGCAUUUCGGAUAUAAAUGAUAAUUCUCCAGCUUUUGAUUCGUCAGAAGACCCCAUUUACGUCACACCUUAUGAAACGGCCGGAAUCGCUCUUGUAAAUGUCACAGCAACGGAUGCAGAUGUGUCAAGCUAUGGUGACGUCAUAUAUAGAUUGGAUAUGUCAACAUAUAAUUUCCAAUAUUUUGAUGUUACAUCCUAUGGAACAAUAUUCGUCAAUAAGGACUUGACAGACUUUGUUGCAGGGGAGACGCUUGAUUUAACUUUGUCAGCCAUAGAUUUUGGAGGAAAUCAAGGAACUGUUAAAAUAAGAGUUGUAUUUUAUGAG